AUGUCGGGUCUCAUUUACCGGGUCUCAUUUCGCAAUGGAUGUCCUCUGGCACAUUGUACAUGUACCUCGAGCAAGGUGCAAUUACCUGCUUCCGCUAAAGCUCAAUUGGUGACGGGCAUUGCCGAGGGCCUCAGGCAUCUUCACUCAGAGAAUGUUAUUCACGGAGACCUCCAUCCCGCAAAUGUACUCAUAGAUGGUGCGGGUAAUCCACUUCUCACCGAUUUCGGUCUCGCAACAGUCGUAGGAGACCCAGAGUUGCAGUGGGGUAGCACGACCGCAGGCAGCGACUUCAAUCCUCGAUGGCGGGCGCCUGAGGUCAUUGGAAUCAAGGGUGACCCUGAACUACCGACUUUCGAGAGUGAUAUAUAUUCUUUCGGUGGUGUCAUGAUUUUUGUGGUCUCGGGGGAUGUGCCAUGGAAAAAUAAGGGGGCAUUUCAAAUUGUCGCUGGGCUGGCGGAACGAGCCAACCCUGUCAGUGCGCGUCCUCACAACAUUCUAGACAAUCAUUGGGUCUUGAUUCAGAAAUGCUGGUCUUGGGACCCAUUGGAUCGCCCGAGGGCUGUGGAAGUGCUUGGAUCUAUACGUGUGACGGGACUUGCAAUCGAAGAUAAUACCCUUGGCGACUUCACAUCUCAAAUUUUUGACGCCUUAAAGCUCGGACGCCCAUAUGCGUCUGUAUCCUUCGGCGCGGUUUAUCGGUGCAGCAUCAAGACCAACGAAGGUACAAUGGAGGUCGCAGUGAAGGUACUCAAGAUCGAUCCUGGGAGAGCUAUGAAGAAAAUUGAGAAGGCAAUGCGUCGGGAACUCGAACUAUGGCUUAGACUGUCAAAAAAUUCAACCAUAGUUCCGCUACUUGGCAUCGCAUACGUCGAUUCUUCAUUGCCAGCUCUAGUUUCUCAAUGGAUGUCCCCUGGUACAUUGUAUAUGUACCUCGAGCAAAGUACAAUUACUGCUUCCGCUAAAGUUGAAUUGGGCAUGGGCGUCGCACAUGGCCUCAAGUAUCUUCACUCCGAGGGUGUCGUUCACGGAGACCUUCAUCCUGCAAAUGUGCUCAUAGACGAUUUAGGCAAUCCACGUCUCACAGAUUUUGGUCUCGCAACAGUCGUAGGAGACCCAGAGUUGCAGUGGGGUGCGACAACUGCGGCACGUGAACUCAAUGUUCGAUGGCGUGCUCCUGAAGUCAUUGGACUCGAGUAUGAUCCUGCAAAACCGACAUUUAUGAGUGAUAUCUAUUCUUUUGGUGGUGUUAUGUUCCUUAUCCUCUCGGGGGUUACACCAUGGAAAGAGAAGAAAAAUUCAACUCAUAUCAUCAUUGAGCUAUCGAAGGGAGCUACUCCUGCACGUCCCGACAACAUUCCUGACUAUUACUGGAGAUUGAUUCAACAAUGCUGGUCUUGGGACCCCGUGGGUCGUCCAGAGGCAACAGAAGUUCUUCGAUACAUCGAUCAGUUUACCCAACAUCAGGCUGAAAUUGUGGCAAUAAGUGCAAGCCAGUCUUCGCGAAAUUCACCAAGCCAAGCCGUUUCCCUCCACUUCUCUAACACGCCAUAUCUUCUCUUCGGUCUCAACGCUAUCACUUUCGGAACCUUUCAAUGUUUUGAUUUUUGGGGAGACUGGAAUCAAGAACCUCCCACGCUCACACAUACCCCCUACGAAGUCAGCAUUGGAACCCGCCAUUUCAAACUUUGGGAAGUUUCGUCCAUCGAACCAAUGGGUUUUUUCCGGACCUUACUUUUGAAAUGGCGCCUGAAAAAGUCAUAUAAGAGACUGUGUAGAGACGAUGGAGUAUAUCUUCUCUUGUAUUGUAUGAGGGGAUCGAGAGCCCAGAGGGCACGGGUCAAGGAUUAUAAAUCCUUUACCGACAUCGUCGGCUCGACCGCCGGUCCAGGCCGUGUACCAGUCGCUGCUGUGGUCACCUCCUUGGAAGACUAUCCUACGAACAUGGAUCAAUGGUGGAUGCGUAACAAGGACAAUGUGGAACGCCUUGGGAUGCGGUUCUCUGCACACGCUUGUAUCACUUCCCUCCCUGACGAUCCACAUGCAUCACCCGCCAUGCGCGGACGUCGACGGCGAUCAGAAGAGGUUAUCCGCACCCUCCUCUACCAGGCCUAUCAAACGGGGAGCACCCCCGUUAGCUCCAAUAUAGUGUCCGCUUCUUGA